UUUUUAUUAAUUUAAAACUUAUACGAGACAAUCUUGAAUUUUUUCUUCGUCAGUGCAGUGAGAAAAAGGUGCUAUUAUUAAGUUUUAAUAUUAAAAUUAAUGGGACAUCAACAAGAGAAAAGAUGGUUCAAGGAUCCCAAAAAACGCGAAUAUAGUGUUCACAUCCUUCAGAGGAUAUACGAUGCUAUGAGGCGUUUCCAUUUGCAACAUGUGUUUCCGUUAUCCGACAGAAUCUUGAGAAAUGUGAUUCGUGUUCUUGAAGACUACAAUAAGACCGUCAAUAUGGUUUCUAUAAAGAAACUCGGAAUCGCAGGUGGAGUUAUGUUUGCCUUUGGCAUUUUAAUUUGGUGUGGAUUUCCCGCACUCAUUAAAUCGCAGAUUAAGAAGGCCAUCAUGCUGAAACCAGGCUCCGAGAUACGCGAAAUGUGGUCAAAUUUCCCUCUGCCACUGGACUUUAAGGUCUACAUGUUCAACAUUACCAACCCUGAUGAGAUUGCACAGGGUCAAAAGCCGAAGGUGCAAGAGGUCGGACCUUUUUUUACGAGUAAUGAGCACAAGUUGAAGUUUGACCUCGUCGAUCAAGAAGAUGAGGACAGCGUCGAGUACAGCAUGAAGACCACAUGGUUCUUCAAUCGCAAGAAGAGCAACGGAUUGACGGGCGAUGAGGACAUGGUGUUUCCGCAUCUCAUGAUCUUGGGCAUGGCGAUGAUGACCCUGAAGGACAAGCCAACCGCGAUGCCGGUCGUUGGCAAAGCGGUUGACAGCAUCUUUCAUAAACCACCCUCGUUGUUCGUGAAAGCCAAGGCCAAGGAUAUACUUUUCGAUGGUCUCCCGGUUGAUUGCACGGUGACGGACUUUGCUGGAUCGGCGGUGUGCAACGUGUUGAAAACUGAAGCAAAGGAUCUGGUGAAGGAUGGGGAAAAUCGUUACCUGUUCUCCCUCUUCGGCGGGAAAAAUGGAACCGCCGUCCCGGAGCGUAUGAAGGUUCUGCGUGGUAUUAAAAAUUACAAAGACGUCGGUACCGUCCUGACAUUUAAUGGUAAACCUGCGAUGGAUAUUUGGCCGGAGGAUCACUGCAACGCUUACAAUGGUACCGAUUCGACGAUCUUUGCACCUCUGUUCGGACCGGAUGAUGACAUUGUCUCGUUCGGAUACGAGAUUUGUCGAAGUAUCAGCGCGCAUUUUCGUUAUCACAACACUGUCAAAGGUAUCAAAACUCUUCAUUACACGGCGGAUCUAGGAGAUAUGAGCAAGAACGAAGAUGAAAAGUGUUUCUGCCCGACACCGGACACCUGCCUAACGAGAAAUCUCUAUGACAUGACGAAGUGUGUAGGUGCACCUAUCAUCGGAUCGCCUCCUCAUUUUUACGAUUGCGAGAAGAACUGGUUAGAUCUGGUGGAUGGUUUGCAUCCGAAUCAGGACGAUCAUGAAAUGGACAUGGAUUUCGAACCGAUGACAGCUACGCCAAUAAGCGCGCAUAAACGAUUGCAGUUCAACAUGUUCAUACAACCGAUCGCGAAAUUUAAAUUGAUGAAGAACUUUCCGGAAGCACUACUGCCGCUAUUCUGGGUCGAAGAAGGAAUACUGCUCGACGACGAGUUUGUUGACAAGGUGAAGGUCGUAUUCAAGAUGAUAUCGAUUGUCAAUGUUCUGAAGUGGAUUUUGGUACUUGGCGGAAUAGGCAUGGGCGCCGCAGCUGGCGUGUUGUACUACAAAAAUCGCGAAAAUACUGGCAAGUUAGAUGUCACGAAGGUCACCCCGAAGGACGCCGGAAGUGGCAAGACGGAGAAGAGCUGGCCACCUACUAUCAAUACGAUAUCGGCAACGGUGCCGCCUAAUCUCGACAAAAAUUGAACACUGUAGGCUGAUAGGCUGGUGUUCAAUAUUAACAACGAAAAAAUCCUUUCAGCUUUAAAUAUUUUUUUAACUAGAUUUAUUUGUAAAAUAUAUAAUUGAAUAGGUUUCCUCAAGUACGGUAAAGGACGAUUGAUAGAAAUCCAUUAGAAUUGAUAUAAGAAGAAAAAAAUGAAAGAUUGAAUCUUCUUAUUAAAAUAAUGAGAAAUUGAAUAAUGCAGUGAUUAGAUAUGAUAUUGACUAAAUAAUUAAAAAGACUACAACUAUUAUGGAAAUCAUAUUAUUCUAUAAUUAAUUAUUAGAGCUGACAUUUAGCAAAAUAUUAAACGAUAAAUAAUAAGUAAUUUUUUCUUCAAGAGAAAAUUCAAGUAUAUAGAUAAAAAUUGUAUAGAUAAGAUUCAAUUCUUAUAUGUAACAUAUUUAAAAUUAAUUAUUUAAUUACCUCGUUGUAGAAUAUUAUCUAUAAAUAUUUCAGUGAUGCUUUGCGAUAACUUGUAUAUAUAUAUUGUACGAAUGAACGGUUCUUAAAUUAUUCACGGUUUUUGCUAAAAAAUGUCAAUUAUUUAUUUAUUUAAUAUAUUUAAAAAAUUUAUAAAAAUAUGUAAUAUUAAAUUUUUUAACGCAAUCUAUAAAUUUUGGUGUUUGACAGUGAUUUAACACUGUUUAGCACAGAUCCAAAAAAAUUAGAAGGAUAACAAUAAGUACCGCUGGCAAGAAAUUCUAAAUAUUCUUAUGUAAAGAGAUCAUUUAGAGAUUUAUAGAGUUAGAGUUAUAUUUUAUGAUUAAUAGAUAGAUAUUCAGUGCGAAAAUAUUAAUGACAAUCACUGUUAUCUAAUUACACGCAAAGUGAAUAGAAAUAAUGAAAAGAAGCACACGUCAUCAGAGAAAUAAAUUUAUAUAUCUACUACUUUAGAUAUGUCAAAAUCAAUAAAAAUAACUUUAUUGAUUUAAACUACGUUUAAAAAAUCUGCACUCUUUGUAUUAACAGUAAGUUGAUAAUUUUUCAAGUGUCUAAAAAAAGAAUUAGCUAUGCUCGAAAUAGUAUUAUUUUAUGAUUACAAAGAGGGAAUUAUUGAUGAGCGCGAACAAUCUGAAUUUCCUCAACGUUGAUCAUACAAAUAAUAUAACAAACAAAAAUUAUAUAUCUAUUAUUUAGCUAUUAGAAAUAUAACAUAACAUAGAUACAUUACCGAUAAAAUAUACACAAUUGUAAUAUA